UCGUUAGUUGAGCAGCAGGCUACUCACAUCGAAUCUCAUACAACGCUGAAGGUCGCCAAAAUGCAUGGUCAUUUGAAUUCGGAUAUUUGGUCCGAUAAAGGAAAAUUCGAUAAAUUCAUCGCUGAAAAUCAUGUGGUUGUUAUGACGGCACAAGUCUUUUUGGAUCUGCUGGAUCAUGCAUUCUUCAAAAUGGAGAAGGCAGCUCUGUUGAUAUUCGAUGAAUGUCAUCAUGCACUCGGCAGUAAACACAGUUAUCGAGUUAUCAUGCAGCGAUACUCGCAGCUACCGAAAAAUGAACAACCAAAAGUGUUGGGAUUAACCGCGUCUUUGAUAAACAGCAAAACACCACCGAGUAAACUGGAGCAGUUGCUCGAGAGACUCGAACUCACCAUGAACUGUAGCAUAGAAACGGCUAGCGAUCUCGUUUCGGUGGCGAAGUAUGGUGCAAAACCACGAGAAUUCGUGUUGGAAUGUGAGAAUUUUGUUUACGAUCAGAGUGAGGCGAACAAGAAAGUUUUAUCAAUAUUGGUGAGUCGUUGA